UGUCAUAAUGGUAAUAGACGUUGCGUGAUGUCCUCUACAGCAGUUGAUCAUUUCCUGUUAUGUCAGCACAGUCAUCUCAUGUCGUCCUCUGAGCUGUGACGUCUCUGUCAAUAUUUGUCAAACGAUCGAUAGACCAACUUCGUCCCAGUCAUCCAUUUUACAAUAAAGCAGUCACUGUAUGUUCUCUCUGGGGAUAUUUGGGAGACAAAAGAGGACAUCAGGGGACAUUAGGAGAUGCCAAGAGACAACACAAGAUAACAAGACCGCAAGGAGACGUCAAGAGACUAAAGAGGACAGCAGGGGGUAGCGGGACACAACAGGGGAUAUUAGGAGAUACCAAAGGACAACAAGAAGACACGGUGGGAGACAAACAGAGACAAAAACGAUGAUGUCACCUCUGACCGUGACUGUCUGCAGUCUGCUGCUCUGCUAUGACAUCAUCCACUGCGCAGUGUUCCUGGAUCCUCCCUCAGCGGGUCAGAUCCUUCGCUCUUCCACUAGGAGGCGCCGUGCUAACGCCCUCUUCGAGGAGAUCUUACCUGGAAACCUGGAGCGGGAAUGUUAUGAGGAGAUGUGCUCCCAGGAAGAGGCGCUAGAGAUCUUCCAGACCAAAGAGACCAUGCUCGAGUUUUGGUACAGAUACACACAGCUGAACCCCUGUCGGACCAACCCGUGUCUGAAUGGUGGCAUCUGCACUCUGGAGCGAGAGGACUACCUGUGUCUCUGUCCUCCGCAGUACCACGGCAAGACUUGCAACUUGGAGGUGUUGGAGUGUCGCUAUAAAAAUGGAGAGUGUUUGCAGUAUUGCACCGACCUGCCAGGGGGCGGUGGAGUGCAGUGUGGCUGUGCCGACGGAUUUAAACUGGAUUCUGAUGGACAGAGUUGUUCCGAAGCUGUGUCUUUCCCGUGUGGUCGUCAACGGAUACAGACAUGGUACCGUGGACGCUCUCUUCGGGACAAUGCUACCAUGAGGACAGAGGACAACAGCACAGAGGACUGGGAUGUUCAUCUGAACCUCACAGAGAAAGAGGACAAGAGGACAACAGUGAACACAACUGGAAACAGCACAGCUGAGACGGGGGUGGAGCAAGGAGGUGGCGUUGAUCUGCGGAUUGUGGGUGGAGAUCUGGAAACACCAGGGGGGAGUCCCUGGCAGGUUCUGUUUCACAGGUCUGACGGUUAUGGUUUCUGUGGAGGAACUCUGGUCACUGAUCGUUGGGUCAUCUCAGCUGCUCACUGCUUCGAAGAGUCUACAGACUACGUUACCAUAGGAGACUAUGAUAAGCGGCGUCCUGAUGAAGACGAGCAAGUGAUAAAGAUUCAGAAAGUCUUCGUUCAUCCUCAUUUUCACUCCUUCACCUUCGACAGUGAUAUUGCUCUCGUGCUCCUUGCUCAGCCUGUCCGCAGAGGUCCCACUGCUGUCCCGGCCUGUCUCCCCGACAACCACCUGUCCAAGUACUUGCUGAGGGAAGGCACCUGGGGCGUGGCAUCAGGUUGGGGUCUCACUCGGUACUUGGGCAGGUCGUCACGCUUCCUAAGGAAGGUGACGCUCCCGGUGGUCAGUUACAAAGCGUGCACUGCCUCCACUGAUCAGGUGAUCACAGACAACAUGUUCUGUGCCGGUUACCUCGACAAGAGCAUGGACGCAUGCAGUGGUGACAGUGGAGGACCCUUUGUGGUGAACUACAGAGGAACCUGGUUUUUGACCGGCAUAAUCAGCUGGGGAGAAAGAUGUGCUGCUCAGGGGAAGUACGGAGUUUAUACCCGCCUGGGAAACUACCUGAGUUGGAUAAGAGACACCAUGGAGAGAGUGGAUCUAAACGGAACCAGGAGCUGAAAGAGGGAGACUGACACUGAAAACUGAUGAGGCCCGAAGCAAACUGAUGUCUCGUUAAUCAUUAAACAUUAAAUCACGUUUGUAUGUAGCUUAUCCAACCAAAAACUAUACUAUAAUCAUUGACUGUUGUGUUAUUUCAAAUGACUGUAAAUACAUUUAUGUUU